AUGGACAUUGAAGCAUACUUUGAAAGAAUUGGUUAUAAGAAUUCCAGGAGUGAACUGGACUUGGAAACUUUAACUGAUAUUUUUCAGCACCAGAUCCAAGCAAUUCCUUUUGAAAACUUUAACUUGCAUUGUGGGGGAUACAUGGAUCUGGACUUAGUGGCCAUUUUUGAUCAAAUUGUGAAAAAAAAAAGGGGUGGGUGGUGUCUCCAGAUCAAUCAGCUUCUCUACUGGGUUCUGACUACAAUGGGUUUUGAAACAACAAUGUUGGGAGGAUGUAUUUAUAUCCCUCCAAUCCACAGGUAUACCAACACUCCAAUUCACCUUCUACUGCAGGUGACCAUCAGGGACAAAAAGUAUAUUGUGGAUGCUGCAUUUUUACACUCUUUGCAGAUGUGGGAGCCUCUGGAAUUAACUUGUGGGAAGGAUCAGCCUCAGAUGCCUGGCAUCUUCCGCUUGACGGAAGAGAAUGGAACCUGGUACUUGGACCAAAUCAGAAGAGAGCAGUACAUUCCAAACCAAGAAUUCAUUAAUUCUGAUCUCCUGGAGAAGAAUAAAUACCGAAAAAUGUAUUCCUUUACUCUUAAACCCCGAACAAUUAAGCAUUUUGAGUAUAUAAACACCUACAUUCAAACGUCACCAGUGUCUCUGUUUGUAAACACAUCACUUUGUUCCUUGCAAACCCCGGAAGGGGUUCAUGGCCUAAUGGGCACUACCCUCAUCUGUAGGAAGUUCAAUUAUAAGGAUAAUGUAGAUCUGGUAGAGAUUAAGACUUUGAAAGAAGAAGAAAUAGAAGAAACACUAAGAACUAUAUUUGGUAUUCACUUGGAAACAAAACUUGUGCCCAAACAUGGUAGACAGUAUUUGCCUAUUUAA